CUAUUUUACCUUUAUCACCUAACCCUCAUCGGAGGCUCAAUUUCAACCGAGAUAUCCUGUGGAGGUCAUCUAACUGCGCCCAGGGGAGUGAUUCAGACGCCGAAUUUCCCUCGAUCAUUUUCUGUUCCCAUCAAAUGUCGCUGGGUGAUUGACGUCUCCGAUAUUCCGGCGACCAACAGCUCCAUCGUGAUCUACCUUACACAGGUGUACGUGUACAAAGGACUCAGCUUCACAGAGUACGCGUACUACGAGUCAGAGAGCGUGAAUUUCGGUGCUGCGCUAAUCAAAGAGAUCACCGAGGGAAACGUGUUCGAGUACAAAUACUUCCGUACGUUCAGACGGUUUUUGGUCGUCGAAUUCGAACUGGAUCGGCUGGAAGGUAAUCAUGUACGCGUUUUGGAUAAUCUGCUGGACGUGUACGGGUUCAAUGUCACGUAUCAGAUGAUCGAGGACGUGCCGAACUCAGAUUCCUGCUCCGUACAGCAUUGCUCCUACACCGGGAAUUGCCUCGUGUCCGGAGACUAUGCGGGCUUUUGGUGCGACUGCUUCGAGGGUUUCAGCGGGAAGAACUGCAACGAGGGACCUCUGUGCUUCGAUGACAGGCAAAAUGCCGUCUGCCAGAGCGGAGGCACUUGCAAGCAAAUUGGAGCGGAAGCGAUGAGCUGCGGUUGCGUCGAUGGUUACGUCGGCCGUAGUUGCGAGAUUCAUCUUCUAGACACAGUGGGCGGCGAAUGCGGAAUCGAAAAUUGCAUAAUACAGUGCCCACGCGAGGAGGAACGACAGCCAUGUGCUUGCAGAAACGGCACCAAGAUCUACAACAAUCGGUCGAGGUACGAAUGCAGAAUCAAACUAUCGAAUGUGACGUCGCUGCGCGCCGGGCUGAUCGCGCAACACGGUAGCGUGGAAUCGUACAUUGGCAAACAGCUUGCAAAAUAUUUAAGGAACUCGAAUAUCUCGUCCAUGGAGGAUUUAGAAAUCCUGAGCGUGACACCCACGUCGGAAGUCAUUUUCCACUUUUUCGGAAACUCAGAGGAUGGGGACAAGAUUCGAGAAUCUCUCAACAAAUUGGUCCAGCGUCGACGACUUAACGAGAUUUCCCUUGAAUCCACACAUUUCACAUUUCAACAAAAGCCCGCCCUCAAAUUGCAGAGUCUCAAACUGAACCAAGGGAACGAGCAUGAAGUUCAUCUGGGAGAUCAAUUCAUCCUGUCUUGCACUGCUCAAGGCAGUUAUGGGAUAAACUUCACCUGGUACAAGGACAGUAUGCGGGUGAACAUGAACAAAGCAACCAGGGAAAUUUGGUAUAGAAACGUUCCCAAUGAUGGUUCUGAUUUACACACAUCACUAUUAACAAUAGAAAAAGCGACAUUACUAGAUGCGGGUCAGUAUACCUGUCAAAUAAUUGACUGGGGUGUUCAGCAGUGUAAAAGUAUCUAUAUAAACAUCAGAGAUGAGCCUGAUGUUAAGGUUAUGCCUAUGAGUGCCACUAUAGACAAAGGAAGUAACAUUCAAUUGACAUGCAUGACACCAAACAUGCCUAACAUUGGAAUAGGUUUUGGUUGGACCAAGAAUAGAGCACUAUUGAAAUUAGAACCUGGUAGUGAAGUCUGGGAGGACUUAUAUCCUGCUGGUAGUAUACUAAAGAUCACAAAUGCACAGAAAUCUGCAAUAUACACCUGCAAUGUAGCAGACAAGUCCAUGUCUGUUCGCGUGGAGGUGGUUAAUCGAACACUGAUACCAAUUUGCCUGAGAGAAAAGUCCUGGGGUCUAAUUUGGCCAGACACAGCUCCGGGAUCCGAGUCACUGUUAGAGUGUCCUCAGCACUUUGUGGGAAAGAGGGUGUCCAGACUGUGCUCAAUGAAAGACGCUACCACGCCUGAAUGGCAGACGCCUGACUUCUCUUCCUGUUUGUACGAACCUCUGGUUUCACAUUAUAACAAGUUUAAAAGCUUGACAUUAGGCUACCAGAAUAUCACUGGUUCUGAAACCAUCUUUGUGUUCUGGGAGACCCUGAGAUCGCGUGGCUUGUCUCUUUAUCCUGGCGAAGGGGAUCGUAUUUUGAACACACUGGCAGAAAUAGAACGUUAUCAACAUAAUAUGGAGUCAUCUGACUUGCACUCAUCAACAGAGCCUUUGAUACGUAUAAUCAGUCGAAUACUGAAUGAUGAGAAUUCAAUCUUAAGUCAACAGAAAGUUUUGUUACUCCUUCAAAUUACUCAGAGAAGCCUGAUACACUGGUCCACGAUAACAACUCAUCCCUACAAGCAUUUGUCCCUCUCGUCCUUGGUAAUAGAUAUUCAAGAAUUGCAACAACACAGUGGAGACAGUAUCACUCAUUCUCUUCAAAUCCCUACAAAGGACUCCAUGUAUCCAAAUUGGUAUGAUGGUAAGACGACGAUACGUCUAUGGAAGAAACUACAACGUGGUGUAAAGUUUAACAAUACGAUUAAUGUAAUCGUGAUCGUUUAUAAGAACGUGUCCCAUUUUCUUCCAGCGACAUACGUGAAGGAACUCGAUGAUGGUACAGAUCUGGAGUUCCGUAUCAAUUCUCGGUUAGUCACAGUGGCAGUGCCUGCGUUCAGUCUAGAUAAACACAAUAAGAUCUGGGUGGACCUGCAGAUGAAACACGUGCAAAACCAAUCGAACACCUGGAAUGUGUCAUGUGGUAUGAUAGAUGGUACAGGUUUCUGGGAUCUGAAGAGCUGUAUUGCUAACACCUUACCAGGAGAUGCUAGCACACAUUGUCUGUGUCCCAGUAGUGGGACUUUCGCGGUUUUUCUAACAGCACGUGCAGUCAGAGUAGUGCUAGCAAAAAAAGAGCAGACUACGUUCAUCGUGAUAUUCGGAUGUGGUAGCUGUUUGGCACAGUGUCUCUUCUCCUCUUUGAUUCUGGGAUCAUUCUGGUGGAAGAAUCGUAACUGGUUAAACUUUUUAAAGCUUCAAUGUUGCGGUGCUUUAGUCGGAGCGAUGGCUGUUUUUAUUUAUGCUGUGCACAGUCAUCUACCAGAGAGUUCUUAUGCAAUUGUGGCGACCACUUUGGAAGCCCUUCUCCUGGUUGGCAUGUCUGCACCGAUAUCCGAAGCCCUAAUUAUCUACGCUGGUUUGACUCAAGUUCGAUCUAGUCAACACUUCCAGCCUACCGUCAUUGCAGUCAUCACUGGUGUUCCAGUGUUGGCUGUACUGAGCACGGAACUUACGCACAAGAGCACCGGAUGGAGGCACGAGUCGUGGUGGUUGAUCUUUGGUAGCGGUGUCUAUACUAUAUUCGUCACUUGCGCAACGAUGAUGUUUCUUAUAUUCGUGUUAUUGUACCUGGGAAUAUUGCACAAGGCACACGCUCUUGUCGAAGAGAACUUUAUGAAAAAGGAGGCUAUAGAGGCGAGGCUACGAAUGCUUCAUCGAGCUGCCAUCGUGAUUUGCGGCGUAAUAGCAACGGAGGCCUCAUCAAUCUUCUACAUAAAUUCCACCUCCAUUAUCUUCCAUUACAUAUUUGCCUCUCUCUCUUCCGUUUUGGGCUUCGUCAUAAUAAUGGUGUACAUUAUGAACGGAGAUUUAGCGAUCGUUGACUUGAUCCUGACCAAGCUCAAAUGGAAACAGAAUAUGGAAGAGGAGAUAACGUCCGAGCCAAUCAAAGUGUGCUCAAAGAGCGGUGCCGAAGUAGAGAACGAUACAGCUCCGCCACCAUCCUCCUUGAGCAUUGGUGAACCAUACUUGGAGGCUCGUGGAAUAGCAGCGGGUAGUAUAGACAUGCGGGAAUUCGUGAACGAAUCGUCGAGCUCGUACUCAAAACCCUCAGUCCCUGUAGCUGGCAGGUUCUUACCAGAAAUCCGAAUUGAUCACACGGACGACAUAAAUUUGGAGAAUUACAGCACCAGUCCGCGAAAGUAUCAAGAGACCAUAGCUUUUGACCAUGUGUUCUCAACGCGGGCAUCUCAUUGUGUAAACGAGCCUUAUAACGCUGGCGAGUGCUGCAGUUUCAGAGAGUACGGUAAAUAUCGAGAACCUCAAGGGCAAAUCUUUAUAGCGCACAAUGUGUCGCCAGAGAGCUCGUCCAAGGUUCUGUGCAGUGCGGAUGUUGAAUCUCGCUUAAGUGGAAUGCCAGACGUGACCUUGGCUGUGAAAAACGACGUUGAACUACUGACAUCGACGGAGCUGAAGAGCAGAGAACAUGUGAACAUUAUACCCGACAUAGCGAACACCACGGAACGAAAGCAACCGGAUGGAGAAGAGAAAGCGCCGGAAAUUGUGAUCACAAACUGUGAAGCCACGGCCAGUGGUAUGCUGGAUCGUAUUGCGCAUGACCUUGACUAUUUGCUGAAUCGUACCCAUUCUACAGAUGGGACUUAACUCUCGAAUUAUAGUCUGGAGGAAAUUGUUUAACCGCUCAAGGCAUACCCCCCACCACUAUCGUUCAACGAAGCAUUGUAUCAUGUAGACCUGGUUUAUUUGGUGACGCGUAAUUCAGUGCUGUUCGAUGUACAUUCUGGAAUAACUUGUUACUACAGUAUAUGAAUGUUGAAUAACGAAUGUGUGAGAAAUAUAUAUUAGCGAAUACUAUCUAAUGGGCAUGUAUAGAAAAAGAGAAAAUCGUACAAAAUGUGAACAGCACUAACAUAAAUGAAUGCAAAAUUGAUUUCGUAAAGAAUUUCUACCUGUUCUGUAAAGUCACAGAAGUGGAAAUACUUAGAUUGUAAAAUGUACAAUUUUAACAAACCAUGCAAACAAAAACAUGAAUAA